AUUCAAAUUCCAGCGGGCCGCCGCUGCCGCCGCCUAGAAAAUGGCUGCCCUGGGGGAAACGGAGUCGCCUGGUGCGGUGGCGGCUCCGGGUUCUCAGACCUCCCCGCUUCUUACGGUAGAGACGCCGCUAGCCCCGGAGCGCGGCCGUGGGAGGAGGUCCCGGCGGAGCACGCCGGCGGCGCUCAGCCCCGCCGUGUCCGUGGUGUUCCCGGGCGCCGUGAGCCGAGAGAGCUGCUGCCGCUUUGCCUGCGAGCUCCUGAAGCACGUCCUGCACCAGCGGCACCAGCUGCCGCUGCCCUACGAACAGCUCGCCUACUUCUGCCGGCGGGCCACGCAGGAUGGAGAUAUGAUCAAGAAGCCACCUUCUGUGGGCUUAGCAAGCAAGAAGUGCCAGCAGGUGCUGGUGGAACUGGAGGCAGUGCUCCAGCACCUGGAAGUGAUGUUCAGCUUGACACUGGUUCCCCGUGUUCUUAUUCUGCUUGGAGGCAAUGUUGUGAGCCCCAAGGAGCUUUAUGAGCUCAACUUAGAAGGGAUCUGUGUGGGCAGUGCUGAGAAAAGCCUGAAAACCACAUCCUGCGUGCGUAAGCUUUUUCACUCGCUCUUCAUUGCAGAUGUCUUCAGUGAACUUAAAGCUCUUCCAGUCACAAGCACUGUUGUUAUGCUCCAAGGGCAUCGCAACUGUGGUGUGGAGUGGUUUUGGCCCAAGCUCAACUACAAAGUGCCAACCAGAGGAAAGAAACUGACUAUUAAUUUGUCCUGCGAUGGAGAUAUCGAUAUAAGUGCCUCAGCUCCUCAGAUUAUGACUUCUGCUUGGGAGGACUACAUAUGGUUUCAAGCACCAGUGACACUUAAGGGCUUUCAUGAAUGAUCUGUGCCCUGUAGAACUUUAAUGGGAUACUGAAUAAUUUUUGGUGCUGCUUUAGGCAAUAAUUCUAUCAAAGGUAAUGGCAUACACUUGUCUCUCUGGAUCUCUUCUCUAGGGCAUCUGUUGCCUUCCUGACCACCUUCUUCUGUGUUCACCGCAUGACUUGUCUUUGAAAGCAAAAGCCCUUUAAGGCACAGCUGCAUACAGCUACCAUGAUUAUUUAAGGAAAUUGAUAUAUUGGGUGUAAAGACUUCCCUGUGACACGCUUGCUGAACUGACAAAUAUUGCAGUCUUCCUGAGUUUUACUCUCCUGAGUUUUACUGCAGCCAUUUCUGUUAAUGAUUACUGCAUUAUAUGAUUGUUUGGGACAAGAUAACAUAUAUGAUUAUUAAUAUAGUUGGCCUUUUACUGUGAAGGCCAUAACCAUUCUUUACCCCACUGCUGUGAAAGAAGACCUUUUCCUGCAGCCUACUCAGACUUGAGUACUCAAGUGCUUGCCCAUCUAGUAGAUGAUAUCUUUCUUCCCAUAACACCAUUUCAGUUUGUUAGGAAUCCAGCACGGCACUCUUCAGCAACUGGAAGACUUCAUGCCUAGCAGUGUCUUAUACUGGUGAUGAAAUGAGGCUGAGUGGUCCUGUGAAAGCAACAGAACACAUCUUCCUAUUCCUUUACUUUUAGUCCAUCAGACCUGACAAUCAGUUUGAUAUACAGUUAAAACUAGGAAAAGCAGUUUAUUCUCUCCUUCGCAGGAAGUUAGGACUCCUGCCUCAAUGUGGUAGCUUAUUCCCACUUAACAGAAAAUAAAAAUAUCUUGCUUUAGGGACGGGGAGGAGAAACUAGUACCAGAACUAGAUAUCUGCUGGAGUUGUCUUGGAUCAGCUGGAUAUGUGUCUAUCAUGGAAUGAAUUAAAUGGCUCCAUCCAUAAGAAGAGAAUCUCUAGGCUGUUGGUGGUAAGGCUGCUUACUACAUGCUAACAGAAGCUGAUCGAUGGGGUGAUAAAAAUCCUUUGGAAGGAGGUUGUUAGAAGGUGAAUUAACCCUCUGUACUCAGUGCAUGUUUUAAGCUUUUCUGACAUUUUAGCAGUGAAUAA